AUGGGAAAUAUGUUGCGCAGUGAACGCAUGAGUCUUUGCCAAAUCUUCAUUCCAUCGGAAGCUGCAUAUUAUGUGAUUUCUGAACUCGGGGAAAUCGGAGCCGUCCAGUUCCUAGAUUUAAACAAAGACGUCACCUCCUUCCAGCGAAACUUCGUCGAUGACGUCAGACGAUGCCACGAAAUGGAGCGAAAGCUGAGGUACAUAGAAUCAGAACUGGAAAAUCACGGCGUCACGAUUUCCCCUUGCUCAGAAAAUGUUAAAGCUCUUCCACCGAACGAAAUCGCAGACUUAGAACGAAACAUCUCCAGGAGUGAAGAAGAACUGAAGAAACUGACACUGAAUGCUUAUAGUUUAAAGCAGUGUUCUUUGGAGUUGCUAGAAUUGAAGCAAGUUCUAGAAAAAGCGGAGGCGUUUCUUCGAAAACGCGACGAAAUUUUUGGGUAUGACCUGUCUAGGAAUGUAGGAGAAGAUCAGAGUUCUACGAUCAUAAACCAGUUCAAUUUCGUCACUGGGAUCAUCAAUAGAGAGAAAAUGAAAUCGUUUGAAACCAUGCUAUGGAGAGUUUGCAAAGGAAACGUGUUUUUUGAAAAAGUCGAAAUUGAGAAUCCUCUAGAAGAUUUAGCUUCAGACUGUAGACACUACAAGAGUGUUUUUAUUGUGUGCUUUCACGGUAAUCUUCUGACACCAAGAAUAAACAAAAUCUGUGAAGGCUUCCGCGCUCGUAUUUAUUCGUGUCCCAGUGUGCCAAGCGAACGAAGAAAACUACUAGAAAGUAUUUGCAGACGUCUAGCUGAUAUUAAGUUGGUUAUAAAUCAAACGUACGCCUACCGGGAAAAUUUUUUAAGCAGAAUUGCCAAAGACCUACGUUACUGGAGCACCAUGGUUAGUAAAAUUAAAGCGAUUUAUCAUGGUUUGAACCUAUUAAACAUGGACGUUACUGGAAAAUGCUUCAUUGGCCAGUGUUGGGUCCCGUUUGUUUAUAUUCCAGUAGUCAAGAAAGCGCUUGGUGAUGGCUCAAGGGCGUCUGGAUGUCCAGUGUUCUCGUUUUUGUACGUCGUCAAAACUGACGAAGACCCCCCCACUUUCAACCGAACCAACAAAUUCACCCAAUGCUUCCAAAAGCUGGUUGACGUUUACGGAGUCGCGUCGUACCAAGAAGUGAACCCAGCUUUGUACUCAAUGGUCACGUUCCCGCUUUUGUUCGCCGUGAUGUUCGGCGACAUCGGGCACGCUUUCAUUUUGGUACUUUUCGCAACUUUUUUGAUAAUCAACGAAAAAAACUUCGCGGCCAAAAAAGUCGCUAGUGAAGUCACGACGAUCUUCUACGAGGGACGCUACCUCAUACUUCUGAUGGGGAUUUUUUCGCUUUACACCGGUUUCGUCUACAACGAGGUGUUCUCCAAGUCCAUGAAUAUUUUCGGGUCGAGUUGGGACCCGGUUUUUAAUUACUCGGUAGUGGUGGCUGGCGACGUCUCUGGUUUGGAUCCAGGGCACAGUUAUGUUGGCAGCCCGUACUUUUUCGGGGUGGACCCCAUUUGGAGCCUCGCCAACAACCGGAUUGCGUUUUUGAAUUCGUAUAAAAUGAAAAUGUCGAUUAUUUUUGGGGUUUUGCACAUGAUUUUGGGACUUUGCAGCAAUGUGGUCAAUUUUGUAUAUUUUCGGAAGUAUGCAAAUAUUCUUCUGGUGUUUGUGCCUCAGUUAACUCUACUGAGUUGCCUUUUCCUAUGGUUAGUUGCUAUGAUGUUUAUUAAAUGGAUAAUGUACUCACCGGUUAGUACAGAUGUCAAAUAUGGAACAUCGUGUGCACCUUCAAUUCUUAUAUCUUUCAUAAACAUGCUUCUAAUAAAGGAAACUGUGCCCCGUCCAGGUUGUGACCCCUACUUUUUCCAAUUUCAGCCUAAAUUACACAAAAUGCUUCUGAUUGUGUCUAUUAUCACCAUUCCACUGAUGAUAUUUGGUAAACCUCUAUAUGUACUGUACUCCCGAAAACAACACUUUCACGACAAACUAGACAACAAGAGAUUCCGUGACGAGUUAAGUCUGAAGUUUUAUAAAAGCGUCGAACAAGAGUUAAAUGUGAACGAAGAAGCUGAAACAGUCUUCGAUUUGUUCGUUCUUCAAGUUAUCUACACUAUAGAAUAUGUUCUUAGCACGAUUUCGCACACGGCGUCGUAUUUGCGACUGUGGGCGUUAUCUUUGGCACACAGUGAACUGUCUGAUGUCCUGUGGAAGCGAGUUCUCUGUCUGGGAAUGAAAUUUGGAGGUUAUUAUGGAGGAAUCGCCGUUUUUGCUUCGUUUUUCCUGUGGGCGUUCUUCACGUUGAUGAUUCUUGUGAUUAUGGAAGGGUUGUCGGCAUUUUUGCACACUUUGAGGCUGCACUGGGUGGAGUUUAUGAGCAAGUUUUAUGAAGGGAAGGGGUACCCAUUUGAACCUUUCAGUUUUAAAGAGAUUUUGGAACAUCCCGAAAGAACGGAAAGUGAAGAAGACUUGGAAGAAUGUGACGAAAACGACGUCAAAUUAUUUGAAUAGUAAAAAUGGAAACUUUUUUAUAUUUAGCUACCACUGUAUUUAAGAUGUGACAUUUUGUUUGCUGCCAGAUCUAAUUAGAUAAA